GUUGAAUGAGACCCAGGGCAGAGAGGCGGUGUAUCAUCUACCGUCCCGUGUGGCUGAGGACGGAGGAAACCGGAGGAAGUUGGGGUACAGAGGAGAGCGGAGUUCUCUGCUCGGCUCGGUCCGGCCGGCCGAUAGUUCCCAGUUGUGGUGGCAGACCGGAUGGUUUAGUAGCACGGACCAGGAUUUGCUGGUGGGUGAAUCCGUGCCGGGGAAUAGGUGUGAGUUACCUACACAGGGUGACACCAUGAACACAAGUCCAGGCACUGUGGGCAGCGACCCUGUCAUCCUGGCCACUGCUGGUUACGAUCACACUGUUCGCUUCUGGCAGGCACACAGUGGGAUCUGCACCCGGACCGUACAGCAUCAGGACUCCCAGGUGAAUGCUUUGGAAAUCACUCCGGACCGCAGUAUGAUUGCAGCAGCAGGAUACCAGCACAUCCGAAUGUAUGACUUGAAUUCCAACAACCCAAACCCAGUUGUCAGCUAUGAUGGGGUCAGCAAAAACAUCACCUCAGUUGGGUUCCACGAGGAUGGACGUUGGAUGUAUACUGGUGGUGAGGACUGCAUGGCUCGAAUCUGGGACCUCAGGUCACGCAACCUGCAGUGCCAGAGAAUCUUCCAGGUCAAUGCUCCAAUAAACUGUGUCUGCUUGCAUCCCAAUCAGGCAGAGCUAAUUGUUGGUGAUCAGAGUGGAGCCAUUCACAUCUGGGACCUGAAAACUGACCACAAUGAGCAGCUGAUCCCUGAGCCAGAUGUAUCAGUUAAUGCUGUUCACAUUGAUCCGGAUGCAAGCUACAUGGCAGCAGUAAACAGUUCGGGUAAUUGCUAUGUAUGGAACCUGACAGGGGGCAUUGGUGAUGAUGUUACUCAACUCAUUCCUAAGACCAAAAUUCCGGCUCACAAACGCUAUGCUCUUCGCUGUAAGUUCAGCCCCGAUUCCACACUUCUUGCCACGUGCUCAGCUGACCAGACCUGCAAAAUAUGGAGGACAUCCAACUUCUCCCUAAUGACUGAGCUUAGCAUCAAGAGCAAUAACCCUGGAGAGACAUCACGUGGCUGGAUGUGGGACUGUGCAUUUUCAGGGGACUCACAAUAUAUUGUCACAGCUUCUUCAGAUAACCUUGCCCGGUUGUGGUGUGUGGAGACUGGUGAAAUUAAACGGGAGUACAGUGGACAUCAGAAAGCAGUUGUUUGCUUGGCCUUCAAUGACAGUGUCCUGGGAUGAAUAUCUCCAAAGGAUGCGUGCCUACCUUUCCUUCUCCGUGUCCUUUUCCACUCCAAGCACAUUGAAAUGGAUUCCUAUCCAUUUGCUGUAAUGAGUCACUAUGAUCCGAGUUGCUGUGGGCUGGAACCUUUCUGCAUAUUCUAAUAGCAGACCUGAUUUUGCCACUUGAACUGCAAGACAGUAACUUACACUGCAGUUAGUAAGCCUCAGCUCUGACACCAGGAUUUCAGAGUUUCAGAAUGUUGGUGAGUGAAAUGUUUCUGCUGUUCACUUGAACUAUAUUAAAGUAACCAGCAGCUCUCCUAAAUCAGGACAUUCUGAAGAGGACUGUAAGCUUUGUAGCAUUUAAGGAAAUUAUUUAUGUAAAAAGGUCCAUUACAGUUAGUGAAAACGGUAGUUUUGAAGAAUGAGUUCAGGAUACCUGAUGCAAUAUAAUUAACACAUAGUAAUAUUGCAUCAGAUAUCCUGAAUUUGUGUAGUAGUGUUAAAAACUAAGGAUAUUUUGUGCAGCAUGAAGACACGUAAAGCUGUUAUGCAACAUUCAUACAAAUUAAGAAUAUUGUUAAAGUUAUUCUGUCCAGUAUCAUCAUAUGCUGCUUGUUCCCUUGGUAAUUCAGUCGAAAAGAAUGGCAAUAGCAAAAGGUCUCCUACGUAAACGAGAGAAAAUCUGCAGAUGCUGGAAAUCCAAGCAACACACACAAAACAUGCUGGAGGAACUCAGCAGGCUAGGCAGCAACAAUUUAAAUAUUCAAGCCAAAGAAGGCUAGUCAUUUUUGCUGCCUGGCCUGCUGAGUUCCUCCAGUAUGUUUUGUGUGUUGUUUGGGUCUGCUACAUAAGCUGUUCAUUCAAGAAAUAUGAUGAAAAUAGUUUUUCCUCUAUGGGCACCUGGAGGCAAAUGUUUAACACCUAGUGCUAUAAAACAGUGCAAUUGGGUGAUGUUGAAUAGUUAAUCUGAUGCUGUGUGUAAUCAUUAAAACUUGAGAGAAAUAACAUAUCUGCAUUUGAUUGGUCACUGCUUUCCUAUUUAAUGUGUUUCAAGGUUAAUACCUAUUACAAGAUUCUACUGCUCUGUAAUUGAAUCUGAACCAAAUUCUCUCAGCCUCUGUUGGUGCUUUAUGGUUUAUAUGUAUUAAUGGAUGUAUGCAAUGUGAGGGUAUUUGGAAAGGCCCGUCUAAAUUUUGAGUACCUCAGCAAUGUUUAUAGUGAAGUUUGUCCCAACAAAUGCUCGCUGAGGAUUUC